UGAAAGCUAUCAUUGACUGUUAGUGGACGGAUUGCAUUUCAAACGAGUGGUUUCAUGGUCAGUUUGCUAUUUAGGUAAGAUUAUUUCUUGUCUCAAGCGUUUGACUAUAUCAUGGUUACUGGCCAAGAGCUAAUUACCAAUCAGAGACGAACGUUUAGUGGUAGAGUUUUUUUUUAAAUACGUAGCAAGUUAGUUAUAUUGGAACUAGAAUAUUAGCCACGCUUAAGUAUGCAGUUUUUAAGGAUUGGUUACAAUUCCGUCAGCACCUCCGGAAAACAUAUUUUGUCUCGUCAUGUUAGGGACUCCGUGUGCUCGCUUUUUGCUUUUCAGUUUACUACCUUAAACCACAUGUCAACCUCUGCAGAGCCAGUGGUUAUCAGGGUACCCCGGAGAAUGCAAGAAAACAUUGAAAAUGUUAAACAGAUGAAAGGCAAAAAAGCUGAAAAGGUCAAUACAGUCAAACCUGGGAAACUUCUAAUAAUGAGCAAGAACUCUCAACUGAACCAGGCUUCGGGCUAUACGCUUGGUAAAUUUGAACAACCGACCCUUGCUUCAAAAGGAUGGAAACACAGUAAGUCAUUUGGGGACUACUUUGUGAUAAAUAAAACACGGGACGUUCCACCUUGCGUUAGAGAAGCUGUACCGGAGGAAAACUUAAAGACCACAAACAAAACGAUAACAUUUAAAUCUCUGAAUCUCUGCACAGAUAUUGUGGAAAUCCUGAGACGUGAUAAUAUCCUUUACCCUACGACUGUGCAGCUGCAAACCAUCCCCAAGCUUCUCCGUGGUUGCAAUGUCCUUUGUGCGGCUGAAACUGGAAGCGGAAAAACACUGACUUACUUGCUUCCUGUUAUUCAUAAACUGAAGGGAGAAAUUGGGGCAGACGACUUCAGAGUGGUUGCACCACACACAGGCUGUGUGGUCCUCGUGCCAUCCAGAGAGUUAGCAGAGCAGGUGACAUCUGUUGCUAAGGCCUUGUGUCAUCCCUUUGGGAUGAAGGUGAAAGUGGUGGGAGGCGGAAGGGGUGUAGGUAAUAUAAAGCUUGCAUUCGCCAGUGGUCCUCCGGACAUUUUAGUUGCCACUCCUGGUGCACUGAUCAAAGCUCUCCGCAGACACUGUUUGAGCAUGACUGAGCUUAGCUUCUUUGUAAUCGAUGAGGCCGACACCUUGUUUGACCCGAGCUUUGCAGACAUGGUGCAAACCAUUUUAACCCACGCACACAUAGCGUCCAGCCCUUCGCAGACGCAAGGCCCAGGCCGUAAGGCUCAACUGGUGGUGGUGGGGGCAACGUUCCCUGGCGGGGUUGGAGAUGUGCUCAGUCAGGUGACUGACUUGGGCAGUAUCGUCACUGUCAAGAGCCAGAUGCUCCACUUCCUGAUGCCUCAUGUGAAGCAGACGUUUUUGAAAGUGAAGGGCGAGGACAAGCUCCUGGAGCUCCACCAGGCCUUGAAGGCCGCAGAGCAGGGCAACUCGGCGGUGCUGGUGUUCUGUAACAGGGCGUCUACCGUGAACUGGCUGGGAUACAUGCUGGAGGACUUCGGCGUUCCCCACUCGCGCAUUCAGGGCGAAAUGCCGGCGACCGUAAGAGCAGGGAUCUUCCGUUCCUUCCAGAAAGGCCUUGUGAACGUCUUGAUCUGCACGGACAUCGCCUCCCGAGGCCUGGACACGCAGAGGGUGAAGCUUGUCAUCAACUACGAUUUCCCAGAAUCCCAUGCGGACUACAUCCACCGGGCCGGACGCGUGGGCCGAGCAGGGGGCGGGGGCGGGGGCGAUGGGGCCGUCCUCAGCUUCGUCACUCACCCGUGGGAUGUGGAGCUGGUGCAGACCAUCGAGACCGCCGCCAGGAGAAGAAGCGUUCUGCCCGGAAUGGAGUCGGCCAUCCGCAAGUCGGCCCCGAAACCAGACACCAAUAAGGACCCUGAAAGCUGAGCUGGGUGUGCUUUUUUUUGUCCUCCAAAAUAUUUAUAUGAAUGAACUUUCCCCUUCCAAGGUGUUGCUUUUUUCAAUGACUUUUACACACGUAAGCUUACAUUUAGGCAAAAAGCCUCCUUCGUGUUUUGUUGAUCGCUGUGAAGCCCAGUCAGAGCUCACUGAACUGCUCACUCAGUUCAAAUUAGGUUAGGGUCCGUCCAGAUUAAAUGCAGUCAGUUCAGGAAAUGAAUUUCAACUCAUGAAUUGAAAUAUACCAAUAAUGUUGUAAAUGAUUCCUAAGUUCAUUUGAUUCAUUUAGUUUCCAGAGUUGACUGAAGAACCUGGCCCAGAUAUGGUCAUAUUUUUCAGCAAGUGUUGUAUAAAUUAAAAUUGGACAAGGCAUAAUUUAAUUAGAUUUUUAAAUGUUGCGCAUGCAUGGAGACGGUACAUCUGAUUAAACUGAAUCCAUUUUAAAAUG